GUGGGUGGGUGGGUGUGUGUGUUUUACCUACGUCUCCUCUGUUCACUGCUUUUCAGUCUCGCGCUGCUCCUCAUGGCCGCGACAGCCUCCGCCGCUCACUACAGUCUGCUCAGCGCGAGCGCGCCGGUGCACGCGGACUCCGGCGGCAUGCAGCAGCACGCGGCUCCGGGGUCGGCUUACAGGCACGCGCACGCCGCCGCGCUGCUGCAGAGCGAGUUCGCGCUGCAGAACAACGGCGGUGCGAGUCACGCGCAUCAGUGGAUCGCGGCCGCGCUCUCUCACGGCGGGAGAGGAGGAUUAGGAGGAGGAGGUGGAGGUGGUGGGGAAGGAGCCGCGUGGACGUCCGCCGACAUCAAACCCACGAUCCGUAGCACCGGAGACGAGAUGCGAGGACAACGACAACAGCGACGACAACAGCAACAACAACAACAACAACAACAACAACUCAAGCAGCGGGACUUACAGCACAUGCUUCAUCAUCCUCAUCAUCCUCAUCACCAUCAUCAUCAGCAUCACGAAGAAGACGCCGGACGCGCGUGGAGGAGCGCGAGCGGUACGGCGGCGGCUCACCUGCCCAGCGUGGGCGCGGCGACCGGGCAGCAGAGUCUCGCGUACUCCGGCGGCUUUGGCGCGCUCAACGGGCUCGUGCCGAGCAUUCAAGCGCAUCACCAGCACCAUCAGGAUCACGAGCACGAGCACCAUCAUCACCACAGCCCGCAUCUGCGGGAGCACCAGCACCACCACCGGAGUCUGCACGAGUCGCCGGCGUCGGACGAGGACGCGACCCCGACGUCAGACGACCUGGAGCACUUCGCCAAGCAGUUCAAGCAGCGGCGCAUCAAGCUCGGCUUUACGCAGGCAGACGUCGGGCUCGCGCUCGGCACGCUCUACGGCAACGUGUUCUCGCAGACGACCAUCUGCCGGUUCGAGGCGCUGCAGCUCAGCUUCAAGAACAUGUGCAAGCUCAAACCGCUGCUCAGCAAGUGGCUCGAGGAGGCGGACUGCAGCGCGAGCGGCGGCGGCGGCGGCACCGGCCUGGAUAAGCUCGCGGCGCAGGGGAGGAAGCGGAAGAAGCGCACGUCCAUCGAGGUAAGCGUGAAGGGCGCGCUCGAGAGCCACUUUCUGAAGUGUCCCAAACCGGCCGCGGCGGAGAUCACGAGCCUCGCGGACAGCCUGCACCUCGAGAAGGAGGUGGUGCGCGUGUGGUUCUGUAACCGGCGGCAGAAGGAGAAGAGGAUGACGCCGCCCGGGGUGCACGCCACGCACGGGACCGAGGAGGCCAUGCUCGAGCUCAAAACGCAAAACGUGCAGUGAUGGAGGGAGAGAGAGAGAGAAAGAGAGAGAGAGACCGGAGUGUGCACGGAACUACAGCAGGAUUUACUGUGCGGAAACAAAAUGCAUCACUGUGACAGAGGCUUAAGUUGGAAACACACACACACACACACACACACGAAUCCGCGCGUGCAGGGCUGCUUUCCUAUUUCCGCCUUUCCUUUGCAGAAAACUGUUACAGUGUUGUGACCAGCCUGCGGAUGAUGAGUACAUUUUAAACCUUUUUUUUUUUUUAAAUAGCCCCCAUUUUUAUAAUUAUUAUUAUCAUUAUUAUUAUUAUUAAUUAUUAUUAGGUUUGGGUUAUUGGCAGAAUGUAAUAAUAAUAAUAAUAAUAAUAAUAAUAAUGAUUGGACAGUGUGUAAAUAGUGUAUAAUUGAAAGAGGGUGAUUAUCUCUUCACUUCAGCACUUUUUUCUUUAAACUUGCUUAUUAUUCUUGAUUAUUUUUGUUUAUUUUUGUAUCAUUGUUUCGAUAUAUUCGAUAUGUUAUAACCUUCAUCUUUGGUUUCCUCUUUUGCAUUUAGCAUUUUUUUAAAAAAUAAUAAAAUAUUUUAUAAAUUUGAAUAUACAGUGAUACAUGACGGAGUGUUCACACUAUUGUAUACCCCUUAUACGACUCUGUAAAUAUUUUAAAUCUGAUUUUUAAUAACGUGCUUUUUAAACAUAAAAAUUUAAAGAAUCAAACUGAAAUAUUGCAAAGGCUGCAGUUCCGUUUGUUGUGUAUUUUAUAUUUAUAUUUUAAGGAAAAUCUGUGAAACAAAAGCAAUGACAUUAUUAUCAUUAUUAUUAUUAUUAUUAUUAUUAUUAUUAUUAUUAUUAUUAUUAUUAGAGGUUUAUAGGCUGUGGUCUUUUUGUACCGUUCAUUCAAUAUUCAGAUCCACUUUUAAACUGGAUUGAGUUCCUUAUUUAUA